AUGCCAACGCAAAGACCGUCCUUGCUCGGCGGCUUCCUCUCCGCCUUCCGCGCCCACCAGCACAAGACAUCUGCGCUCAACACCACCAGCACCACCGCAGUCUCCGGGGCAGCGACAAUAUGGACGGCAGCACAACCCGUGGCCAUGCGAACGCCUUCGCCCGGCCCCGAACUGGCGGCGGUGAGCCCGAAGCCCAUCAAUCCUAAGACGAGUCCCUACACUGCUCAAACCACCACUUCCCACACGGACUGCCAGCUCGUGGCAUACCCGCCCUCGCUCGAGCACAACGUGAGUCCCUUGACACACCUGCCACGGUCGCCUCCGUCACCAGGUCUGCCUACGUACGGCCCUCCAAACAAGCCACCGCCAAACUAUCCUUCUGUCCAGGAUGUUCGGAAGUCACGGCGAGGCAGCGACAGCAGUACCGAAGGCUAUCGAGAAGUGAGGAGCGGCAGUGAGAAGUGGUUCAUUGGCGGCUUGACCGCCGGCGGCGAGGAGAGAUAUUACAAGCUCAGCAUGGUGAAACGAGACAAGAGCGCUGAUCGAAUUUCGACGGAUCAAAUGAGCUUAUGA